AUGAAGCUUAAGCACCCGUCCAAUUCCGCUUCUCAAACCCUAACCUCAUCCGAGACGCGUUUGCUUGUCCGUGAGACACUACGCAUCAGCGCCAACCUCGCAUCGGCACCUCCGCCGCCGGCGGUGUCCGAGCGGGAAUUGAUUCGGGAUUCCAACUUUGGCGGACUUGUCGAGGACCAGUUUGUUGAUUCCAGCUUUAGAUUGAUCUGUUGUGAGGAGAUCGAUGGCCAGCGGUGGAAAUAUUUCGCUGAUAAUAACAGUGUUAAAACUAGCAGUUCGAAGAAAUUUAAGAAUAAUUCUAUUCGUGCUGUUAGCUCGCAUGAUCCCCAGGCCCCUUUUGAUGGGUUGAUGUCAUUUAUAAGGUUGUAUGUAGUUCCCGAAGGAUUUCCUGACAGUGUCACACCUGCUUAUGUUCCAUACAUGACUUGGAGAGCAUUGAAGCACUUUUUUGGUGGAGCAAUGGGCGUUUUCACGACACAAACACUCCUGAAUUCAGUAGGAGUUUCGAGAAAUCAGGCUGCACCAGGUGCUGUAGCUUUAAAUUGGAUUCUCAAGGAUGGUGCUGGACGGGUUGGGAAGAUGCUUUUUGCAAGGCAGGGAAAGAAAUUUGAUUACGAUCUAAAGCAGCUUCGGAUUGCUGGUGACCUUUUAAUGGAGUUGGGAGCUGGGGUAGAGUUAGCAACUGCAGCUGUUCCACAUCUAUUUCUUCCGUUAGCUUGUGCUGCCAACGUGGCCAAGAAUGUUGGUGCUGUCACAUCUACCUCAACUCGAACCCCAAUAUACAAGGCCUUUGCUAAAGGAGAAAAUAUUGGAGAUGUGACUGCCAAGGGAGAAUGUGUUGGAAAUAUUGCUGACCUGCUUGGAACUGGACUGAGCAUCAUGAUUGCUAAAAGAAACCCAUCUUUGGUAACCACAUUUGCUCUGCUCUCAUGCGGAUAUGUGAUGAGCUCUUAUCAAGAGGUGAAAUCUGUUGUGCUGCAUACACUAAAUCGUGCAAGAUUCACUGUAGCAGUAGAAUCCUUCCUCAAGUCAGGGCGAGUUCCAACUUUGCAAGAGGGAAAUUCAAUGGAAAAUAUAUUCAGUUUUCCAUGGUCAAAACACAGACCUAUUGUUCUUGGGCCAAGAUUCAAAGAUGCAUUUCAAGAUCCUAACUCAUAUCUGGCCGUGGAACCUAUAUUUGAGAAAGAGCGAUACAUCGUGUCAUAUAAUCCUUCCAGGGGCAAUAUAUAUGCCUUGUUCAAGGACCAAGCAAAGUCUGAUGACAUACUGAAAGCAGCUUUUCAUGCUCAUGUGCUUCUCCACAUCAUCCACACCUCCAAUCAGAACCAAUGUUCCUCUAGGAGACAACAAGAGCAUGACCUUCCGAUGUUACUGCCAACAUCGUCUGAUAUUCAAGCUCAUGUUGCAGAAUCUUAUAAGAUGGUGUCAGCUUUAUAUGGGCCAUUCAAGAACAAAGCAAAGGAACAGGGUUGGGUAAUGUCUGAAUCACUACUUAAUCCUGGCCGAGCUCGACUGUGUCAAUUGGUCAAAUAA